AUAUUGUUAGGAAUGUGUUUCCUGAUAAUGUUAAUGGAAGUCGUAUCAUGCUAACCACAAGGUUGAAUAAUGUGGCUUCUUAUCCUGACCCUUCAAGCAAGUGUUACGAGUUGGGUUUAUUGAAUGCAGAUCAGAGUUGGAAUUUGCUUAAAGAGAAGGUGUUUACAAAUCAAGAUUGUCCUUCCAAUUUAGAAGAUAUUGGGAAGGAGAUUGCAAGAAGCUGCAAAGGAUUGCCCCUAGCAAUCGUGGUGAUCGCGGGGCUUCUAUCCACGGUGAGUAAGAAUCCAGCUUCGUGGCAUGAGAUUGCGGAAAAGGUGAAGUCUACAAAAACUGCAGAGCAAGAGCAGAUUGAAGAGAUACUAUCUUUGAGCUACGUCGAAUUACCUCAAUAUUUGAGGCCAUGUUUCUUGUACAUGGCUUCCUUUCCGGAAGAUCGCCAGAUCCUUGCAAGGAACCUUAUUAGACUAUGGGUAGCUGAGGGCUUUGUGAAAUAUCCAAGCAACUCUGAAAGCUUUGAAAAGGUGGGAGAAGGGUGUUUAGAUGAACUUGUUAAGAGAAAUAUUGUUUUGGUCACAAAGAGGAAGUUUGAUGGAAGAAUCAAAAGCUGCAGCCUCCAUGAUCUGAUGAGGGAGUUGUGCAUUAGAAAAGCUCAUGAAAGCAAGUUUUUCUUGAAUAUGAUGGAUAGGCAUAUUGAAAAGGAGCAUUUCAUAGAAAGCAUAGAGAAUCAUCGUCGUGUAAGUGUUGAUACUUCUUAUCUAAGUUACCUUUCAAGCAAUGGUGGCUCAACUAUCCGUUCCAUCAGAUGCUCGAAAUAUCAUUUAGUGAAACUGGACUUUCUCGAGGGUGUUAGAUUGCUGAGGGUGUUGGGUGCUGAACCUGCUGAUGUGAAAUCAUUGCCAACUCAGCUAUUUGAGCUAUUUCAUUUAAGAUACCUUGGCGUUAGGUAUAGUCAGCAUAUUCCUAGAAUCUUAUCAAACCUUCAAAAUCUGCAAACCUUAAUCAUUCGCGAAGAGCAAUCCAAGUUUGGAGUUGGAGAAGCUUGUGAAACCUUAUUGGUGCCAUGGUGCAUGCCACAGUUAAGACAUGUCUACUUUAGUGAGAAAAUUUGUUUUGAAGAUCCGAUAGAAACAACUUGUUCUCUAGAGAAUCUGCAGACAGUUUCGUAUGUUGAUAGUGCGUGUUGCAGUGAGGAGAUCCUGAAAAAGAUCCCAAACCUUAAAAAACUGAAGGUGGAUUGCUCUGCUGGUCGAGAUGUUGCCUGCUUGAACGAUCUGGUACAUCUGCAUCGACUCGAGAAUUUGGUAGUGUAUGCUGGUCGUUGGGUUAUACAUCGGCCCAACUACUACAGUUUUACUUUUCCUGAGAUGCUUAGAAAGCUGACUUUGAGGGAUUUGCAACUCACUCGUAGGGACAUGAUUGUUGUUGGUUCGUUGCCAAAUCUUCAAGUGCUUAAACUGAAAAGCUGUACUUGUGUUGGUGGAGACUGGGAAACAGGGCAAGGAGAAUUUCCAGUGUUGGAAGUUCUUCUAAUUAAACAAUCGAGGUUGGAGAAUUGGAUAACUGAAAGUAGCCAUUUCCCCAUACUCAAACACUUGAUGCUUUAUUCUUGUUAUGAUCUCACUGGAAUUCCAAAUGAUAUUGGAGAAAUCCCAACUCUUGAACUCAUUGAGAUUAAGGGUGAUGUGAAAAAGUCUCUAACAGAGUCGGCUCAACUGAUACGAGAGGAACAAGAAGAUAUGGGAAACACCACCCUUCAAGUUCUCUGCAUUGCUAAGUAGAAUGAAGGAGUUGCAUGUUCUUGCAUUCAAUGAAGACGAUAUGAUGAAGAAGACUAUGAUGAUGAUGACAAAGAUGAGUAAGAGGAUGAUGAUGUACCUUGUUCAUGAUUCAAAUCCAAAGAGGUUAGUGGAAGCAAGCUUUAUCAAAGAGACUUUAGCGAAGAGUUUGCUUAAGUAAUGUAUGUUGUGGAAUUGUUUCAAUUUGUUAAAUCCUUGUGUAAUUGAAUGUUAAUAUGGUGUGUUAUUUCCUUACCGCUAUAAGGUUCUUAUGAUUGCGUGGAAGUACCAUACUACACUCUUUUCUAGAAGAGUGAUGCUCAUAUUUGUAUGAAUAGAUGGUGGUGUUUUAUAUUCCAUCCGUCCAUAAAAUAUUGUCAUAAGGAGAAAAAUACAAGUUUUAAGAAAAAAUAUAUUAUUUAUUUAUUGAGUGGAGAAAGAGACCCACAAAUAAAAAAAAUUGAAAAAAUUAAUUAGGUUGAUGGGUGGAGAAUGAGACCCAUUUAUUAGUGAGUACAGAAGGAGACCCAAAAAUUAUUACUAAAAAUAGAUUAAGACAACAUUUGAUGGACGAAUCGAGUAUUU